GGAACACAAAGGAGCACUACAUAACAAAAUUGGAGAUAACCUUUGAACAAAAAUAUCACAGCACACAACAGCAGACGACGUAAAAUGGAGCCAUAUCGCGUUAAAAGUGUAGAAGAAAUACCAUUUCUCACAGCAGAAGAACGAAAGGAUGCCAUCUUGAAAGCAGAUUUCAACCCGUACAAAAUGAUGGCGUCCACUGUAACAAUUGACCUGUUAACAGACUCUGGAUGUUCUGCUAUGAGUACAAAACAAUGGUCUGCAAUGAUGCUAGGCGACGAGUCCUACGCUGGAUCUGCCAGUUUUGAACGCUAUCAGAGUGCGGUCCAAGACAUAACUGGCUAUAAAUAUGUUCUACCAACGCAUCAAGGGCGGGCGUGUGAGAAAGUAUUGUUCAAUGCACUAGUGACAGAGGGUUCUGUUAUUGUGAACAACAACCACUACGACACAACAAAGACAAAUAUUGCUCUGAAUAAAGGGAUAGCAUUGGAUAUCGCGAUGGUAACUGAUGAUACUGUUGAUUUUCCCGGCAAUAUGGAUAUCGAUAAACUGAAAGAAGUACUGGCGGAAAAAGGCGAACAAAUUCCUCUUGUCAUGAUUACUGCGACGAACAACAAAAUGCGAGGGCAACCCGUGAGCAUGGCCAAUAUCAAGGCUGCUUCUUCAGUUUGUAAGGCCCAUGGCGUCCCCUUUAUUUUAGACGGGUGUAGAUUUGCAGAAAAUUCUUGGUUCAUAAAGGAGAGAGAGAAUGGCUAUGGCGAUAUGACUCCAAGGGAAAUUGCUAAAGAAAUGUUUUCAUACGCUGACGGUUGUAUGAUCUCCGCAAAGAAGGAUGCCAAUUCUAAUAUAGGUGGUGUAUUGGCGAUGAAUUCCGAAGAUCUUUAUGAACGAUGCGUCCCGUAUGUCAUUGCUACAGAAGGCCAUACAACAUAUGGUGGUCUAUCUGGUCGCGAUUUGGAGGCAGUUGCUGUUGGAUUGUACGAGGUACUGGAUGAGAGCUACCUACGUUAUCGUCGAGCUAAUCUGAAGUUCUUUGAAGAAGAGCUAAUUAGGCAAGGUGUUCCAGGUGUUUUUCCAGCAGGGGGACACGCCAUAUUCCUGAAUGCCAAUAAACUAUGUCCAAAGAUACCUGCUGAUGAAUUUCCAGGGUUAACAUUCGCUGGACUGUUGUAUAUGGAGAGUGGGGUGAGGUGUUGCGACCUUGGACGGUUAGCAUUCGGGCCUGAUGCUCCGGAUCUGAUCCGCUUGGCCGUUCCUAGACGAGUUUAUACGACUGAGCACCUAAAAUACGUGGCGAGAAUGAUAGCACAAGUUACAGAAAAGAAUAAGGAUCGAAAAUCUGGUUUAAUAAUGACCAAGUCGCCUCCACAUCUCAAACAUUUGACGGCUUCUUUUAAGAUGAAGGAAGAACUUUAGCAUAAUUCAGAGACUAUGAAAUUUGUUAUAUAUGUUUUUCUGGUUCCAUAUUUGAAUAAAAAUUGAU